AUGGACAGAUUGGAGCGAGCUGUGGCCAAGUUGGUGGACAGAUUGGAGAGAGCAGUGGCCACGCUGACAGACAGAUUGGAGAGAGAUGAGGCCACGUUUACAGACAGAUUGGAGAGAGAUGAGGCCACAUUGGUGGACAGAUUGGAGAGAGCUGAGGCCACAUUGACUGACAGAUUGGAGAGAGAUGAGGCCACGUUGACUGACAGAUUGGAGAGAGAUGAGGCCACGUUGACUGACAGAUUGGAGAGAGAUGAGGCCACAUUGACUGACAGAUUGGAGAGAGCUGAGGCCACGUUGACUGACAGAUUGGAGAGAGAUGAGGCUGUGUUUGUGGACAGAUUGGAGAGAGCUGAGGCCACGUUGACAGACAGAUUGGAGAGAGCUGUGGCCACAUUGACUGACAGAUUGGAGAGAGCUGAGGCCACGUUGACUGACAGAUUGGAGAGAGCUGAGGCCAUGUUGGUGGACAGAUUGGAGAGAGAUGAGGCCACGUUGACUGACAGAUUGGAGAGAGAUGACGCCACGUUGACUGACAGAUUGGAGAGAGAUGAGGCCACGUUGACUGACAGUCUAUGA